AAAAAAAAACACACAAAACCGCUUGUACAUUUCAGAUGUGUGUACUGCACUUAAAGGGUUAAAGGGACGGUUCACCCAAAAAUUCUGACAUUCAUUUAUUCUCUCUCAUGUGGUUGUAAAUCUAUAUGCAAGUCUUUCUUCAGUGGAACCCAAAAGAAGAUAUAUUGAGAAAUGUCUGAGUGGUUUUGUGUUCAUAGAAUGGAAGUCAACGGAGUUCAGUGUUGUUUAAUGCUCAACGUUCUUCGAAAUAUCUUCUUCAGUGUUCUGCUGUGUGACAGGUUUGUCAUUUUCGGGUGCGCUAUCCCUUUAAAGCAGACCGAUUACGAGGCUGUUUGAACUCAGUUCUGUUUGAUCAGUGAAGACCCAAAGUCCAAUCGAAGAACGUUGUCACAAACAAGAGACUACAGAGGGAGAGAGAAGGUAAGAGGUUUGCUCGAGCAUUAAAACAACUUUGAUAGCCCGUUCAUUUAAAACAUUUGAAGAAUGAAGAUGUUUAAAGCGCGUUUUGUUUUUUCAGGAUGUGGUUUAUUUCGAUCGCAGCUGUCGUCUCUCUCCUGAGCGCCCCCGCUCUCGCUGGGGUAAAAGAUCUCGGUUCACACUUCAGUGGACACCAGGUGGAUGCCCGCGGACAUGCUCCCGCUGGAGAAAACACAGACAUCGAAUCCAUUCCCCUGGACUUCCACCGUGAGAACACGGUCACGAAUGAUCUUCCUCUGGAAGGACUGGAUGAAGAAGAUUACAUCGACUUUGAUAAGAUCCUGGCAGAAGGUGAAGACGACUACAGCGACGGUGAUGCCAUAGACGAAAUCUCCACCCCGGCCCCUGACCUCGACCUCUUCUCAGAACCCACCGACCCAAAAAUACGGCGGGCACGCCUCUUACGCCUUUUCCACGGGCGAACACGCCUGCAGCGCAUCAACGUGGUCAACGGCCGCUUUGGCUUUAGGCUUUAUAGAAAAAUUCGCAAUCGACUCAACCAAACAGACAACAUCUUAUUGGCUCCUGUUGGAAUCUCCAUCGCGAUGGGUAUGAUGGCUCUAGGGGUCGGGCCAAACGCUCAGGAGCAACUCUACCAAACUCUGGGGUUUUCAGAAUUUGUCAACGCCAGCACUCACUACGACAACACGACCGUGCAUAAGCUUUUCCGCAAGCUCACGCACCGGCUGUUCCGCCGAAACUUCGGCUACACGUUACGCUCCGUCAACGAUCUGUACGUGAGACGAAACGUGCACAUUCAGGAUGGGUUCCGUGGCGGUGCCAAGACGUAUUACUUCGCUGAGCCCCAGUCUGUUGACUUUUCCGACCCCGCUUUCUUGGUGAAGGCUAACCAACGCAUUCAGAAGAUCACGAAAGGUCUGAUAAAAGAGCCGCUGAAGAGUGUCGAGCCCAACAUGGUGGUGAUGCUACUGAACUACCUCUACUUCAAAGGCACGUGGGAGCAGAAGUUUCCGAAGGAGCUGACGCACUACCGGAACUUCCGCGUCAAUGAGAAACAGCAGGUGCGUGUUCCCAUGAUGCAGAACAAGGGCAGUUAUCUGGCGGCGGCCGACCACGAGCUGAACUGCGACGUGCUGCAGCUGCCGUACGCCGGAAACAUCAGCAUGCUCAUCGCCGUCCCUCAGAAACUCUCAGGGAUGAGAUCUCUGGAGCAGGAGAUAUCGCCAACCCUCAUCAACAAGUGGCUCAACAACAUGACCAACAGGACUCGUGAGGUGGUGUUCCCUCGGUUUAAACUGGAGCAGAGCUACGAUCUGAUCGAACACUUGAAAGAAAUGGGCCUGACAGAUCUGUUCACGGAGCAAGGAGAUUUCACCCCCAUGACCUCAGAGAAAGUCAUCAUUAACUGGUUUAAGCAUCAGGGCAUCAUCACAGUUAAUGAAGAGGGAACCGAGGCAGCAGCAAUGACACACGUGGGCUUCAUGCCUUUAUCAACACAGACACGUUUUGUUGUGGACCGGCCCUUUCUCUUCCUCAUCUAUGAACAUCGUACAGGCUGCGUGGUCUUCAUGGGACGGGUGGUCGACCCGUCACGAAGCUAAACACAUUCACAUUCACACACACACACACACACACACACACGCACGCACACACACACACACACACACACACACGCACACCCUGUCCUCAAGAUAGUUUCAUCAUAUAUCACUGUAAGCAUAACUUUUAAAAAACAGAGAAUCGUUUCUGUGUCAUGUUUUGACAAAUGAGACUUUUGUAAUGUAAGCACUGAUAAUAAAAUGAGUCGAAGGUUUGUUAAACUGAAGUCAUCUGUUCAAAGGCAGUAAAAACAUCCCUUGUGUGCCAACAACAUGGCAGGACAUUUUGCAAGCCAGGUAAAUAUUUAUCAGCGGAGUUAAAGUCUAACCACGCGAGCUCGAGAUCUCAUCACAAGGAUUCACCCACAGCCAACAAACAGAAAUGAAAGGACUGAAAAGAGAUAAGCAAGAAAUUUAUGUAGAAAAAUAAGACCCCUGGAAAAAUAAACUACAUAUAAAAGAAUGAAAUGAGACCGAGUUGUCUAA